AUGGAUCCAUCAAUUGAUCAUUUAGAAAAGCUAAAAUCUAUUUGUGCUAAAUUAAAAAAAGGUUUACUUCCGUUACGUCGUCCAAAGUAUGCUGAAGCAGCCAAUGAUUUUCAAUCAUUAGCUAAACAAUUUUUAUCGGAAAAUUGUUUAGAAUACAGUGCACUAUGCUAUCUACAAGCAUCAAAAUGUUUUCAAGAAUUAAAAUCAUCGACGAGUGAAUUACAAACGUUAUUAGAAGCUGCACAUUUAUUUCUUGUACUUGAAUUACAAACAUUUGAAUCAAAUACAUUAUCGUAUAAUGAAAAUUUAUCUUUAGCAUUGAGUACAUAUCAAAUGGCACAAAAAAAUUUACAUGAACAAAAUGAACGUUAUUUAUCCGGUUUAAUAUCAUUGCAAAUAGCCGAUUUUCUUAUAAAAUUAUCUCGAGAACAUGAAGCAGAACGUUUAUAUAAUAUGACAUUAGAUUCAUUCAAAGAUAUGACAAUGAUUUAUAUUAUUAUUCUCCAACAUUUACUAAAUAUCAGGAUAGAAAAUAAUGAUCAUGUACUAGCGUUAAACACAUGCACUCAAAUAAUUGAACGUUUAAUGGGUAGUACAACUACUACCACAAAGACAUCCACUUCCACCAUCAAAAGUGAAGUAAAACAAUUACCAACAGAUGUGCCCCAAUUAUCUACGUUGAGAGCGAGCGAUCGUUUAUUACUCGGAAAAUGUGAUGUCACACGGUUGUUAUUACUGUUAAUCUUAAAGCCUCAUCCCCAACGUUUACGUUCAGAUUAUGCUAAAGUUCUCAAUCAAUAUACAUGGGAUUCAUAUGAACAAACAACACCACCAACAUCAUUUAUUGAUGAAAAAUUAUUUUUUCUUUUACAAUCAUUAACAUUAGCUGUACAAGCGCAUGAUCUAGAAAAUAUUGAAUUAUUGGAAAAAGAUUUUUUAAAGUUAAACACGUUAGAUUCGAUACAAAUACGUUUAUUCUAUUCAUUAAAACAGGGAAUGAAAGGACAUUAUAUUGACUCGUUGAAAUUUGAUCAACAAUUUCAUGUUUCGACUUAUCGACCAUCGUAA